AUGGCGGGCCGAAUGGUCUUGUACAAGCUCGUCGUCCUCGGCGACGGUGGCGUGGGCAAGACUGCCCUCACCAUUCAGCUUUGUCUGCAACACUUUGUCGAGACUUACGAUCCAACAAUCGAGGAUCAAUACCGAAAGCAGGUCGUCAUCGACAGUCAACCAUGCAUGCUCGAAGUCCUCGACACUGCCGGCCAGGAGGAAUACACGGCCCUCCGCGACCAAUGGAUCCGUGAUGGCGAGGGCUUCGUCCUCGUCUACAGCAUCGCAUCCCGCUCCUCCUUUUCCCGCAUCAAGCGAUUCCACCACCAGAUACAGCGAGUCAAGGAGUCGUGCGCCUCGUCGCCCUCCUAUCCCGGCUCCCCCAUCUCCGCCGCCACCCCGCAGCUGCCCGUUCCCAUCAUGCUCGUCGGCAACAAGAGUGAUCGCGUCACCGAACGAGAGGUGUCUACGCAAGAGGGCCAGGCGCUGGCCCGCGAGCUCGGCUGCGAAUUCGUCGAGGCCUCGGCCAAGAAUUGCAUCAAUGUCGAAAAGGCCUUUUAUGACGUCGUCCGCGUCCUCCGUCGCCAGCGCCAGCAGGCCUCCCGUCCCCAGGGCGCAGCCAGCGGCCGUAGUCGCACAGGCAACGGUGACAUGGGCGGCCGCGACCGUGAUUCCCACAAGUCCCGCCGCAAGGACGGUGAGAAGAGCAAGGGCCGCUGUACCAUUUUAUGA